GUAGAAAUAGAAAACAGGAUUAUGGAAUUAUGUCAUCAGUUACCUCAUGGGAUUACAGAACAAGUUAUUCAGAAGGAGAUGCCUCACAUAGAAGCUCAACAGAGGGCAAUGGCCAUCAACAGACUCUUAUCUAUGGGACAGUUGGAUCUCUUAAGAAGCAACACAGGCCUUCUUUAUAGAAUAAAAGAAUCUCAAAAUACUGGAAAAAUGAAGGGAUCAGAUAACCAAGAGAAGCUAGUGUAUCAAAUCAUAGAAGAUGCUGGAAACAAAGGUAUCUGGAACAGAGAUAUUCAAUAUAAAAGUAACUUGCCAUUAACAGAAAUAAACAAAAUAUUAAAGAAUUUGGAAAGUAAAAAGCUUAUCAAAGUUGUUAAAUCUAUGGCAGCCUCAAAGAAAAAGGUUUAUAUGCUGUAUAAUUUACAACUCAGAUCAGUAACUGGUGGAGCCUGGUAUAGUGACCAAGAUUUUGAAUCUGAAUAUGUAGAAGUGCUGAACCAACAGUAUUUUAAAUUCUUACAGAGCACGGCAGAAACAGCUAGAAAAAGCAAACAGAACCCCAUGAUACAAAGAAACAGUUCAUUUUCUCAUGAAGUGUGGAAAUAUAUUUGUGAACUAGGCAUUAGUAAGGUAGAGUUUUCCAUGGAAGAUAUUGAAACAAUUUUGAACACACUUAUUUAUGAUGGAAAAGUGGAAAUGACAAUCAUUGCUGUAAAGGAAGGUACAGUUGGAAGUGUUGAUGGACAUAUGAAACUCUAUAGAGCUGUUAGUCCAAUCAUACAGCCUACUGGCUUAGUCCGAGCAUCCUGUGGACUCUGUCCAGUUUUUGAUGACUGCCAUGAAGAUGGUGAAAUUUCACCAUCAAAUUGUAUUUACAUGACAAAGUGGCUGGAAUUUUAA